AUGGCACUUAAACGUAUUGCAAAAGAAUUACAAGAUUUACAACGUGAACCACCAGCUAAUGUUAGCGCUGGACCAAUUCAAUCAAAUGAUAUGUUUAAUUGGCAGGCAACUAUUCUUGGUCCUAGUGAUUCACCAUUUCAAUCCGGUGUAUUUUUUCUCACAAUUCAUUUUCCAACUGAUUAUCCAUUUAAGCCACCGCAUAUAACUUUUCGAACAAAAAUUUAUCAUCCAAAUAUUAAUGCUAACGGUUCGAUUUGUCUUGAUAUUCUUCGAAGUAAUUGGUCACCAGCAUUAACUAUUUCAAAAGUUUUAUUAUCGAUUUGUUCAUUACUUUGUGAUCCAAAUCCAGAUGAUCCACUUGUACCAGAAAUUGCUAGACAAUAUAAACAUGAUCGAGAAGGAUAUAACGCGAUUGCUCGACAGUGGACACAAAAAUAUGCAACAUAA